CCCUCCGGAUCGUUUAAUCAGGGAGCGCGCACAGCUCAGAGGACCAUUUUACGCACGGGCACCAGCAGGCGCGCAGCGCGGCCGUGGAGAUAACCGAUCCUCCUGUUGCGCCAUGGAGAACUCCAGCGCACAGACAGCUGCCAUCCUGGACUUUAUCUCCUACACUUUGAAGCAACCUGUGGAUCCGCGGAAACGGAGCGUGAUGGAGGGCUUCUCGGUGCCCGGUGGGGCCAUGAUCCUGGAAAGCAGCGCACUCAGGACUGAUGCUGGACUGGGAUUAAUGAGCGCUCCCCAAACAGAAGCUCCUCACCUGGUGCCUGCCUUCUGGGACUCCCCGCUCAGCCACGGCAUCAAUGUGUUCGUGGGACUGGUCCUGUGUUUCACCAUGCUGGGCCUGGGCUGCACCGUGGAGGUCAACCAGCUCGGGGAACACAUCCGCAGACCCAUCGGGGUGCUGCUCGCUCUGGUGUGUCAGUUUGUCAUCAUGCCUCUGGUGGCUUUCCUUCUGGCUUUAGCCUUUUCUCUGGAUGAUGUGGCAGCGAUGGCUGUGCUCCUCUGUGGCUGCUGUCCUGGAGGGAACUUAUCAAAUAUCAUGUCUCUGCUGGUGCACGGAGAGAUGAACCUCAGCAUCAUCAUGACCAUUUCCUCCACCCUGCUGGCGCUGGUCCUGAUGCCCCUCUGCCUCUGGAUCUACAGCCGGGCCUGGAUCAACACGCCUGUGGUCAACCUGCUGCCCUUCGGGGCCAUCAUCCUCACCCUGUGCAGCACUCUCAUCCCAAUAGGUCUGGGUGUUAUGCUCAGAUACCGCCACACGCGUGUGGCUGAUGUUGUUUUAAAGGCCUCCCUUUGGUCCCUGCUGGUCACCCUGGUGAUGCUGUUCAUCCUGACAGGAGUGAUGCUGGGCCCAGAGCUGCUCUCCACCAUCCCUCCCUCUGUCUACGUGGUGGCCAUCCUGAUGCCUCUGUGCGGGUACGCCGCUGGUUACGGCCUGGCCGUGCUCUUCGACCUGCCCCCCAACAGUCGCAGAGCUGUAUCCCUGGAGACAGGCUGCCAGAACGUGCAGCUGUGCACGGCCAUCUUGAAGCUGGCCUUCCCUCCUCAGCUGAUGGGUGGGAUGUACAUGUUCCCUCUGCUGUAUGCCCUCUUCCAAGCGGCCGAGGCCGGCAUAUUCAUCCUGGCUUACAGGCUGUACAGGAAGGAAGUUCUGCAUAAACCAGAUCCUUUGAUGGACGGUGAUGAAACAGACAUAUCCUACCAGAGGUUCCACGAUGAGGACUUUGAGCCGUCUUAUGGUGCUGUUACAGUGAGUGACACAAACACCAUCAUGUUAGAGCCCUGUCCUCCUGAUCCCACUCCUGUUUAAUCAUUCAGGGGAAAAAAAAACAUUUAUUUGCUGCUGCUAUGAGAAAUAAAUAAAUAAAAGUUGCCAUUGCUGUCACCCAUUUAAGAAAUAAAAAAGAGGAGAUAAUGAUCCAGAUUAAUGUUUAGCCUAAGCUUACUUCAUUAAAAUUAAUCACUGAUGUAUUUUAAAAGGAAAACAAACAAAAAAAAGCCUUACAGAUAUAUCAUCAUGUGCAUGUUUUUUUUUUUUUU